CCAUGGAAACUGGCUUUAGCCCGUUGCUAUACUAACACAGGGUUAAGUGUCCGGGUUUCACACAAAUUGGGCAACAGGUUUGAGCUUUAUGCCUUUCUCAGAAAUCAAUCACUGUUUCGCCUCACUCUUCCGAUUCGCAGUUUUUCACGUUCUUCCGUUCUUCGAGAAGCCGCAGGCAAAGGCAGUUUAUCGGGAUCACCACGUUGGCCCGGUGACAAAAGGCAGAUUCAGCUUUUUACAGUUCUCGGUGUGGCUGCAUUCUGGUUCGGACUUUUCACAUAUGGUGAAUAUUUUAGUUCGCGGACCAUCACUUGGAAGGAGUUUGUUGAGAACUACUUAAAAGCGUGCGUCCAUUUUGCUAUAAUUAUUUUGCAAUAA